AAUACAGGAAAGAAGAAAGUUAAGGAACAAUUUAUGGAAACUAUGAAGGCUUCUACAUAGCUGCCCUUAAUAUGUUGUCAAUGUUAGAAAGAAUACAAAAAAUAAUAUUAUAAAUAACUAGCAUGUAUCAGAUCCAUUAAAACUAGUUUGGAAGUAUCCUCUCAUAAAUCUUAUUGAAUUCUUAGUGCAAUACCAGUACACUUGUAUUUAAAAAAAAAUAAUCUAUUUUAAUGUAGUAAUGAUAUAUUACCUCUAGGCAAGAUAAUUAGAUUUAACCCAAAAGGAGGAGUUAGAAUUAAAAUUUAUGAACAACUCAGAAUAAAUAAUAAAUAGAUAGGAACACAGAUUAAGAAUGAGAUGAU